GAUCACAAUUGCUUUUGUAUUUUAGCAGAAAGGUAUCUUUGCAAACAUUCGAAAUGGGAUUUGAAAAUUUUGUGCUUUUGGCGUUUGUCAAUAUUUUUGUCAUGCCGUCUUUGACAACAGCUAUGUGCGAUACUGGAAUGCCGGUUUCAAGCUUGAAGCUUCCACGGGGGAUGCAUAUUGAUGCAUUAAACGCGCAAGUGAUUGGAAAAUAUUUGCAUGAGAUGUAUUAUGCGGUGCCCCGUCUACCGAAUGGAGAAGCGUUAUAUUUUCCCGACCUCAGCUAUUUCGUUCAAUUUGACAACACCAGUGAAUCUUUCGUGUACUCAUACAACACCAAAGGGGAGUUCCCCUUGAAUGGAGAACGGAUGGAAUGUAUCAGACGAUCUGACACACUCCCCCAGGAAAGUCCCUACAACAGAGCUGAAUUUAGACUAUUUAGCGAGAGCGGUGAUGGCGUGCAAAUAAUCUGGAGCUCUUGCCCAAGCCAGUAUGUUUGGGUACUACGCUGCUACGCCCCAAACAACGCCCACUGCGACGUCUUAAGUGCUAACAUUGGACUACUUGUACAUUCCAUCCCAGACGACCUACCCUGGCCUCUGGUGCUCAACGAUCUUAAGGAUACGCAGGUGGAGAUGGGCAACAAUGCCUUUAAGUGGUUUUAUACCUUUGGAGAGACAUCUCGGUGCAUUGAGUGUUGAGACUGGAGAAUCUACACGAGCAGAUCUGUUAUGCAGUGUGUCUCAACAAGACUAAACUAAGAACUAACAAUCAAACAGUUGUGACCUGUUUAAUCCUGUCCCAUGCCUCCUAUUAUUUGAUGAUUCAUGUUAUCUAUUAAAGUGUUAUUUCAACCAUAUAAACAACACAACGGAAAUCAGUUUAUGCAUGUUAUUAAAAUUCACCCCGAUCUUGGUUUCCCUGGGGUUGUAUUCAUUAUUUAUGUGUAUUAUCUGGGUGUUUUGAUUUGCCUGUAAAAUUAAAUUGCCAAUAAAAUUAUGGAAUAGCUCA